AUGGUUGAGGAGGUGGAAGAUGAGGAUGACCGUGAUGGUCGUAGAGGUGAUGACGAUGAUGAUAAGGACGGGGAUGAGGAGGAAGAUGACCAUGAUGACCAGGAAGGAGGUCAUGAUUAUGUGGUUGAUGAGGAGGAAGAUGACCAUGAUGACAUGGAAGAAAGCCAUGAUUAUGUGGUUGAAGAGGUGGAAGACGACGAUAAGAAGGUUGAGGAUUCAAAUGAUGAGGGUGAGGAACACACACAUGCAAAGACUGCAAACCCUAUCAAUCUUCCUUUGCUGUUGGAUCAUGAUUGGGAGAGCAGUGACAGUGGUGAGGAAGCAGGACCUGAAAAAUCCACUGAACUGAGGAGGUCAACAAGGGCAAAGAGUUUCAUAAUUAAAUCUCUAUGGAUGGAGUUCAAGGCAGCUCUGAAGAUAAAGAAGCCAAAGGAGGAAAGGGACAUUUUUUUCACUUUAAUAUCCUGUAGACCUAAGACUGAGGAGGAGGGAAAGAAAUAA